UGGCCUCCAAACAUGAAAGUGACACAGACAGUCCAUUCAGCCGCUGUUUUUGAAGUCCGACGACAAGGGCUUCUCUAGGACAUUUGCUCGCGAAAUGACCGAUGACAGGGUUAGAGGAGUUGUCAAAUGGUUUAACGUCAAGGCUGGAUAUGGCUUCAUUACUCGGUCUGAUACCUCAUCCGACAUAUUCGUGCAUCAAACAGCUAUUUCGAGAAAUAACCCAGGGAAAAUGCAGCGCUCCCUUCAGGAAAAUGAAGAAGUUGAAUUUUUUGUUGUCGAGGGGGACAAAGGUGUAGAGGCCUCCGAUGUCACUGGGCCUGACAGAAGGCCGGUGAAGGGUAGUGCGUAUGCUGCGGAUCGUCCUUACGGGCGAAGUCCCAGGGAGUAUGGAGCGCGCGGUGAUAGAAAUGACUCAAAUGGUUAUAGAAGUAAUGGGUUUGGUUCGUAUCGUGGAAGAGGUAGAGGUCGCGACGGGGCCAGGGCUGGUGGUGAUUUCUCAAGGAGGUUUGAAGAACGCAAUCAACGGGAUCGUAGUCGAGGAUAUGGUGUGAGGGACAAUGGUGGUUAUUACUCCAGCCCAUAUUAAUUUCAAUCUAUGUUGUACAUAUUGCAUUUUUAAUGUCUAAUUUGUACAUUUUAUCUCGUAAUACCUUGUUCUAGCUGAGAGUCAUUUUUCUGUGGAUAUCACGAUAUAUGCAUUUAUAUGUAUCUAAAAUAAAUUUUCGUUGGAAAUUAAAAA